AUGGCCCCUGCAGCCCGGCCUCCCUCAUUCACCCAAGCAUGUCCGCGGCCUUACCUUGCGGCUCCCCAGGGGGAGGGUCUCAAAAUCAGGCGCCCCCACGACUACGACCCCGCGGCGGCCCGCGCGCUGGGCGGCGGCGAGCCGUCGCCGCACCUGGGCCUCGCGCUGGCGCCCGCGGUGGCGGCGCUGCUGGAGCCCUGCGCGCCGCGCGUCAGCGUGGGCGGCCUGCCGCGGCACCUCACGCAGGACGAGCUCCGGAAGCUGCUUGGCGCGUUCGGCACGCUGCGCGCGCUGUCGUUUGCCGCCGACAGCGGGGCGGCCACCGUCGAGUUCGCCACGCCCGCGGAGACCGAGGCGGCGGCGGCGGGGCUGGCCUCGAUGGCGCUGGCGGGGCAGCAGCUGUCGGUUGUGCGGCAGGGGCCGCUGCAGAACGGGCUCGCGCUGCAGCAGCUGAUCCAGCAGCAGCAGGCGGCGCUUGUCGCGCGGCUGACGGGGCGGCCGCCGCCGCCGCCGGUGUCGCUGGUGGGCGCGCUCGAGGCGGCCGGCAUGGUGGCGCCGCCGGCCGUCGCCGCGGCGGCCGGGGGCGCGGCGGCGGCGGCGGUUCCGGCGGUGCCGCGCUCGCCGCCGCCAGCGGUCACACAGCAGCAGCAGCAGCAGCAGCAGCAGCAGCAGCAGGAGCAGCAGCAGCACGGCCAGCCACUCCAGGCAAAGUCAGCCGCGGCGCCGGCGCCGCAGCCCGCGUCGCCGGCCCCACCUCCCUCGCAGCCCGGCGCCCCUUUGGCGACGGCUGCGGCGCCUCCGACGGCCCCUGUGGCGCCCGCGGCACCGCCCUCCCUGUGCGUGGUGCGGCUGGAGGGCAUGGUGACUCGUGAUGAGCUGGCGGAAGAUGAUGACUACGAGGACCUGGUGGCUGACAUCACCGCUGAGGUGGCAAAGUACGGCCGGCUGGCGCGCGUUGUCGUGCCGCGGCCGCGCCCAGCAGGGGGGCCCGGGGCCGCGGGGCUUGAGGACCCGCCCGGGGUCGGGCUGGUGUUUUUGCAGUAUGAGGACGCGGCUGGCGCUGAGAACGCGCGCGUCGCCCUGCACGGGCGGGAGUUUGGGGAGGGGCGCAUCGCCGCCUCGCUCGUGAACGCCGGCGCGCUCGACGCCCUUGGGGCCGCGUGUCCCUAG